UUUUUCUCUUGUGAAAUGACAGAUACUUUAGAUGAAUACUUUGAAUAUGAAGCUGAGGAAUUCCUGGUCUCCUUGGCUUUAUUGAUUACUGAAGGUCGAACACCAGAAUUUUCUGUAAAGGGUAGAACAGAGGGUUUCCAUUGCCCUCCAGCACAGUCAAGUCAGCCACUAACAUCUAAGCAUGAGUGCACCGACAAAUUGGCCCAGUGUCGUCAAGCCAGACGAACCAGGUCUGAGGUUAUGCUACUGUGGAAAAACAAUAUUCCUAUCAUGAUAGAAGUGAUGCUACUUCCAGACUGUUGCUAUAGUGAUGAAGGGCCCACCACAGAAGGAAGUGAUUUAAAUGAUCCUGCAAUCAAACAAGAUGCAUUGCUGUUAGAAAGGUGGAUUUUGGAGCCAGUUCCCCGACAAAGUGGAGAUCGCUUUAUUGAAGAGAAGACCCUCUUAUUGGCUGUCCGCUCUUUUGUUUUCUUUUCUCAAUUGAGCGCUUGGCUGAGUGUUUCACAUGGUGCUGUUCCUCGUAAUAUUCUGUACAGAGUAAGUGCUGCAGAUGUGGACCUGCAAUGGACUUUUUCCCAGACACCAACUGAACAUGUGUUUCCUGUUCCUAAUGUUUCUCACAAUGUGGCCUUGAAAGUCAGUGUCCAGUCCUUGCCUAGACAAUCUAACUAUCCGGUUUUGACCUGUAGUAUUCACACCAGCCUGGGCUUUUAUGAAAAGGGAAUACAAGAACAUAAUGUACAUCAGCACUGUGAUUCCAUUGAGAGAGAGCAGCGCAGUGUGUCCAGUUCACAGCGUUCAUGUGGAAAACAAACAUGGACAUUGAUACCUGAAGGCUUGCUUAAUGCAAAAAUAUCCCCUGAAUUUACUACAUCGGUGAGAAACGUAAAACUUUAUCCAGCAACUGGUCUUGGGUCUGCCUUUGGGACAUCACAGUCUAAAGUUCAGUGCUAUAAUGCUAUGGGGGACAAUAAGACACAGCCACAUGAAACAUCAGUCAGAACUUUUAAAUCCUUUUCUUUGGUUGAUCCCCAAGUUUCAAAUAGUCACUGUUCCCGUCAGCCCAUAGGAGAGACUAAUCCUUUGAUAGGUUCUUUACUUCAGGAGCGACAGGAAGUUAUAGCAAGAAUUGCUCAGCACUUGAUUCACUGUGAUCCAUCUACUUCACGUGUUACUGGAUGUCCAUUCAACAUGCAUGAAACCAGUUCAGUUACUUCAAAAGUUUUUUGGAAUAUGUAUGAAGAUGAAGGCUUGCUGAAAAAAGGCAAGGAAACAUCCUCUGUUUCUACUGCUAACACAGAUAUUAUGUUAUCAGAAGACUGCAGUGAAGACCAGACAAGAGCAAUACCAGAGAUCCCAUUGGUUGAUUCCCAUGUUCCUAUGAACCACUGUUCUCGUCAGUCCAUAGGAGAGACUAAUCCUUUAAUAGGUUCUUUACUUCUGGAGCGACAGGAGGUUAUAGCAAGGAUUGCCCAACACUUGAUUCACUGUGAUCCAGCUACUUCACACAUUACUGGGCGUCCACUCAAUGUACAUGAAAGCAGUUCAAUCACUUCAAAAGUUUUUCAAAGUUCACAUGAAGAUGAAAACUUGUUGAAGAAAGGCAAGGAAACGUCCUCUAUUUCUUUCUCUAAGUCUGACAUUACCUUAAAGGACAGCAGUAAAAUAAAGACCAGAACACCUGAUACCCCUCUGACAUCUUGUAGACUUGAUGGUGAAUUGAAGGCUUCUCCAAAGCCCCAAGCAAGAAGAAAACUUAUUCUAGCAAAACCCAGUGAAGUUGUCCAAAACACAUUUCAGCAGACUCCAACUAAAACUACCAAUUCGUUUACUAGCAUAAAUAUAUCAUGUAGCAAAGAAAAUAAAUCUGAACUGCCAGAUAAACUGGAAACAAUACUUUCUGGUUGUCCACAUAAAGACCAAAUGACCAACAAAGGCAUUGGUAAACAGUGUUCAAAUUUCAAUACCACUGAUGAACAGAUUUGCAAAAAUAAACUUAAAGAAAGAACAAUCACGAGUGAGAAUAGUCAUGGAGACUGUUUAAUCAAUCCACAGUUAGAUAAAUCCAAAAUACUUGAAGGUACAAAAAAAGCGACACUAAUGCAGGCAUCUAAUAUUUUGCACAAAAAUGAGUUUAAGUGUUUAGGUAAAGAUUCAAAAAAACCAAAUAUAUGUGAGCAAAAUACCCAACUUGUUAGUAUUGAAAAUUAUUUAAAUAAAGAUCAUGACAAUUUCAAAUGCAAAAAUAAGCAAGAUAAACUGAAAACUGCACAUGAUGAGAAUGAAGACCCAAUUGACUAUGAAUUUCAAAGCAAUUCCCAGAAGAAAUCUGUAGACGACUAUUUGGCUAGGUGUGAACGACUGAAGAAUGCAGAUAUGCUGAGAAUACCACCACUCAAGCAUUCAAGUAUAUGGCGGAAACACAAUUUUCACUCUAUGGAUGGGACUGUAACCAAGGCUUUCCAUCCUCGAACUGGAUUGCCUCUACUUUCAAGUCCUGUUCCUCAGAGAAAAACACAAUCUGGGUGCUUUGAUCUGGACUCAUCUUUGCUGCGAUUGAAAUGUUUGUCUACAAGAAGUCCACAGCAAUGCAUAAACACAGACAGUGACCCAGAAGGCCAUGGGAAACCAUUUCUGAGUUCCAGUGCUCCACCCAUAACAAGUCUUAGCCUUCUAGGAAACUUUGAGGAGUCUGUCUUGAACUAUCGUUUAGAUCCUCUAGGCAUUGUUGAUGGCUUCACUGCUGAGGUGGGAGCAAGUGGAGUCUUCUGCCCCACCCACAUGACUCUUCCAGUCGAAGUGUCAUUCUACAGUGUUUCAGAUGAUAAUGCACCCUCUCCCUAUAUG